GGGGGCCCAGGCGAGCCUAUAAAGGCCCGGCCUGCGGGCUCGGUGCCAGCGGCACCAUGGCAGCUGCGAGGGACACGGCGCUGCUGGCCUGGAUCCUCUUCCUCGGGGCCACGGCGCGGGUGGCCGCAGAACAACCAGAAGUGGAGACCAAAUACGGGAGAGUCCGAGGGUACCAAUUCAAAGUGGACACAGCUGAGAGGACUGUGAAUGUCUUUUUGGCACUUCCUUUUGCUAAGCCUCCGCUUGGAUCGCUGAGGUUUUCCGAGCCCCAGCCACCUGAGCCAUGGGAAGGUGUCAGAGAUGCCACUUCCUACCCACCAAUGUGUCUACAGGACCAAGUACAAGGACAGUAUUUUUCAGAUGUGAUUACCAACAGAAAAGAGAAAGUUCUUCUGCAAGUGUCUGAGGAUUGCUUGUACCUAAAUGUGUACACACCUGUUUCUACAGGAAAACAGGAGAAGCUGCCUGUCAUGGUAUGGAUCCAUGGAGGUGGAUUAGUUCUUGGAGCAGGUUCAUCAUAUGAUGGCUCAGCAUUAGCAGCCUUUGACAACGUGGUGGUUGUAACAAUUCAGUACAGACUGGGUAUUGCUGGGUAUUUUAGCACUGGUGAUGAGCAUGCCCGAGGUAACUGGGGAUACUUAGACCAAGUGGCGGCUCUUCGGUGGAUUCAGGAAAAUAUCCUGCAUUUUGGAGGAGAUCCAGGAUCUGUCACUAUCUUUGGAGAAUCUGCAGGAGGAAUCAGUGUUUCUGCUCUUGUCUUAUCUCCCCUGGCCAAGGGCUUGUUCCACAAGGCCAUUUCAGAGAGUGGCACUGCAGCCCUGGGCUUGUUCACUGACCAGCCUAAGGAGGAUGCACAAAAAAUUGCUGCUGUCUCUGGCUGUGAAAAAUCCAGUUCAGCUGCAAUGGUUGAAUGCUUGAGAGGAAAAACAGAAGAAGAACUACUACAGGCAACACAGAAAAUGGAUUUAUUUUUCAGCAAUGCAUGUGUAGAUGGUGCCUUUUUUCCAAAGAGUCCCAGGGAAUUACUGUCUGAAAAAUCAAUCAAUGAGGUCCCAUACAUCAUAGGAGUAAAUAACUGUGAAUUUGGAUGGGCGUUGCCUAUGGUAAGAGAAUUAUAA